UGUACAAUGAUUUUUUGUAACGUUAGGUAGGAAAGUACACCCUGACCGGCAUCUGACAUAGUGGGUGGAUUGCUUACAUACUAACCCCUUCGUGGCUCGAAUCAUAUCUAACAACAUCUUUAAGCUAAUCAACAGCAGCAGACCAUCAUUUUGAAGACCCUGAACCAUCAUCAGAAAUCCAUUUUGUUGCAGAGCUGCACCCAGAAGCAAGAUGCCAUGUAGCCGCCUUUGCCUGGGUCGAGGUCGGCGCGGCCCAGGCUCCUCUAUCCGGAUUGCUGUCAUCGCAUCCUUAACUGUGGCAUUUCUCAUUCUGAUUCGGCAAGCUGCUCACAAUAAAGAACUCAGAGAUAUUUUACUGCUAAGAAAAUCACAGUUCCAAGAGAAUGGUUAUUGGGACCGCCUGACCAGUGACCAGAUUCAUCACCUCGAAAAGGUCGACUGGCAUGAUCGGGAACAGAUCAAACGAGAUGCAGAGCGUAAAGGCCCGGCCGAGAGGGGCCAGAGCUUCCAGCUGCCGCCCGAUCUGGAGGCGCAGAAGGACAAGCUCUACAAGGUCAACGGCUUCAACGCCCUGGCCAGCGACCAGAUCAGUCUGAACCGCUCACUGACUGAUAUCCGACAUCCCAAGUGCGACUCGCGCCACUACAUAAGCCAAUUACCGACGGCCAGCGUGAUCGUGCCGUUCCACAACGAGCAUCUGUCGACGCUGCUUCGCACGGCGGCCAGCCUCAUCAACCGGGCACCGCGCCACCUGCUACGCGAAGUGUUGCUCGUCGACGAUGCCAGCACCAAAGACCACGCCAAGGCGCCCUACCUGGACGACCUGGUGCAGCGUAUGUUCCACGGCGUGGUGCGCGUGGUGCACCUGGCGCGCCGCUCGGGGCUCAUCACGGCACGGCUUGAGGGCGCCCGGUUGGCCACCUCCGACGUACUCAUCUUCAUCGACUCGCACUGCGAGGCCGGAGUCAACUACCUGCCGCCGCUGCUCGAGCCAAUAGCAUUGGACAAGCGCACCUGCGUCUGCCCCUUCAUCGACGUGAUCGACUUCGAGGACUUUCAAUACCGGGCGCAGGAUGAGGGCGCGCGAGGCGCCUUCGACUGGGAGUUUUUCUACAAACGGCUGGAUCUGCUGCCCCAGGACAAGGCCAACAUGCCCGAGCCGUUCCCGUCUCCGGUGAUGGCCGGUGGCUUGUUCGCCAUAUCGCGCGACUUCUUCUGGGAGUUGGGCGGCUACGAUCCAGAGCUGGACAUCUGGGGCGGCGAGCAGUACGAACUCUCGUUCAAGAUCUGGAUGUGUGGAGGCCAGAUGUUGGAUGCUCCCUGCUCGAGGAUCGGACAUGUUUACAGAAAGUUCGCCCCAUUUCCCAAUCCCAGAAAGGACGAUUUUGUCGCCAAGAACUACCGGCGCGUGGCCGAUGUGUGGAUGGACGACUACGCCAAGUACCUGUACAAGCGACGGCCGCACUACCAGCGCGUGGACCCGGGCGACCUGGCACCGCAGCGGGCUAUCCGCGAGCGGCUCAAGUGUCGCUCCUUUCAGUGGUUCAUGGACACGGUAGCGUUCGACCUGGUGAAGAAGUAUCCACCCAUCGAGCCAGGCGACAUCGCGCACGGCGAGAUCCGCAGUGUGGCAGACCCUUCACUGUGCGUGGACACGCGCUUCAAGCCGCACUCGCAGCGCUUCGGCAUGGAGAAAUGCAUGAAAGACGAGCCGGGCCUGGGCGGCGAGCAGACGUUCCACCUGACCUGGCGCAAGGACCUACGCGCCGGCCAGCGCCCCCUCUGCUGGGACGUGCCCGGCGGCGACCAGCAGGCGCCCGUCUUCGUCUGGGACUGCCACGGCCAGCAAGGCAACCAGUUCUGGACCUAUGACACGAAGCACCAGUGGCUGGUGCACGCUGGCAGCCGCCGGUGCCUGGACGGCAGCCCCGAGCGGCGCGAGAUAUACGUCAGUCGCUGCGACCCGAAGGCGCGCACCCAGCGCUGGACCUUCGAGCACUUCAACGCCACCGAGCUGGCCAAGAUCUCGUACUGAGCCGCCGGCCGCUGCCGCCGGGCGGCGCUGUGAUAGCGCGUGCCUUACUCGAUGGGACGGGCUCCUGACAGUGAUCGUCGAUGGCCCGACGCUCGAGGGGACUGCCGCGGACUGCUCCCGAGACUCUGCGAGACUUGCUGUGAUUAUUGCUCUCCCCGGCGCCGUCGGUCGGCGUUGGGAUCUGCCGGAUGCUGGGUCGCUCUGCCAUUACUACGUGCCAGUGAAUGCUUAUUAAAUUUAUCAUUGUUUCAAAUCGGCGAUGCGCGUCGUGGGUGUGUGAUCUUGUCAGAUAGCAUGACCCGUGUUCGGACUGUAAGGUGGAGACCAGUUGCAGUGUCUUACCAGCUCAUGGGCGGGAGCUAAAUCACCUGCUGCGAGGGGAAUGUUCCAAAACGUGAACCUAAGCAAAGAGCUGCUAUCAUUUUUCCGAUUCCGCUGCCGACGCACUUGACCUCAUUUUCAGCGGCUGACUUAAAAGUUGUGCUGUUUGCUGAGGGCAUCUGCUGUCCUGACUGCUUGCGUAGCGUGAUAAGACUCAAUGACAACAAGCUCCAGUCUUCGAUUAUUUAAACGCCGACUUGGUGAGGGGCCCUUUUUUGAGUGCCUUGUUUUCUUCGUGGUCUGUUUUGUCAUCAGUGAUUGUGCCAUGGAGUAGUAGUCGAUAUGUGGCCUUUCAGCGGCCAGAUUUUAUCCGUAGAUUAAUAGUGCAAGUUCUGAUUUUAUCCGAGUACCUAAAUUUUUUGCCGUGUAUGUCGCGUUUUUGCCGUCCAUGAUUUGUACCAAAUGGUGCGUUUGCGAGGGGUCAGUGUUUGCACACCGCACUGCUGUGUCCAUUCCACGUGAUCUACCGCGAUCACUCACUGCAUUCCGUGUGGUCGGCACGCGGCGCCCGCGCCGCGCGGCCCGGUCAGCUCGUGACCGUGCGGCGGCCGCCGGCGGCGCCGUGAUGUAACCGUGACUCGAGCUGAGGCGGUUCCAAAUUUCCUCGUGGCGAGUGGUGUGCGUUUGGGCAUUAUUGGGUUUGGUGGGGUUCGGGGGUUGGUUGGCUGCUGCCAUAACUCGGGCCAUCUUUGGUCCGGUGGUCCGGGUGGCCCGCUCGUUGUUGUAGUCGUAGGAUCAUGGGAUGUGAGUUGGGGUCCAAUCUUCUGUAAAAAUCGCUGGUGCUGUGCCUGCGGUGUGGGACGGUCGGCGCCGGGCUGCUCAGAUGGAUGCUUAAUCGACGAAGGCUCAGGUAGAGUACCUCGAGCUGGUGGAGCGCAUUCUGCGCUUAGUAUGUUACAGGAGCUGCCGUGAGGUGCUGCCGUCGGCGGAGAGUGGGAAGUUCCUCUGGUGUCGUGCGUGACGCGGCGUGCGUGCUCGGUGCUUCUCGUCUGCCAUUGCGAUGUGAGCCGGCAACCCCGGUGUGUGCGAGGUGCAAUACUGCGAAGGUUGUCUAUGCAGGUUACGAAUCCGUCACAAAGAUGGCCCCGUCGCGGUGCCAGCGCGUGGUUGUCACGCGCCGUUAUCAGGUUCAGUGCCGUAGCGUUGUCACGGUGUCAGCUCCAGCCCCUGGCAAGAUGGUCGUCGAGCGUCGACACCAUGCCGUUCCACUCACGCAGGUACACUGCUUUUUUGCUAUUUCCCACUCAACUGUUUGCUCAAAUCCAGGAUGCGGAAUAAAAGCGUCAGUUGGACCGAU